AUAAUAUAGUAUACAAGUUUUCCUUUCUUUGCAUUAAAAAAAGCAUUUUCUUCUGAAGCAAAAUCUAUAUAUAUAAAAUUAUAUUAUUUCUGCCAAUUUCUGCGAUCGACUGAGAGUUUACUUUUUGUUUUCACAUAUUCCUUUAUUGAAUUUUGGUGCAAUGAAAUUAUAUUUUAACGAUGGAGUGGCUUAUGUUUGGAAUUCGCGAGAUUGGCUAAAAUUACGGCAAGAAUAUCGAAUUGUUGGUAAUUUAAGAGGUACAGUUGCUUCAUCACCGAGACAAGAGUCAAUAUUAGGCUUACCUCUAGCUCUAUUACCUGAAGAAGUAUUGUUACUUGUCAAUAAGGGUAUAGCUAGAUUAAUUAGACGUAAAGGUUUAGAUAUUGCUCCAAGUGAAAGUGAACAGCAUGCAUUUCAAGAACUUAAUGAAAAGUUAUAUCAAGAACAAGUUACACUCUUAAAACAAUUACGUGAAAAUGAAAUUAAAUCAACUGUUGACAAGAUUGUCGAAGGAAAAAGAAAAAAGCAAUUAGCUGAUAGGGAUGAUGGAAAUGAGCAGCAUUUAAGUAAAGAUGAUUUAAUACAAGCAGAAAUUAGUAAAAUAGUACCUGCACAAAGGCAACAUACAUUGGUUGAAAUAUUCUCAGAGCACCCUUUGGAAACAGAUGAGGAGGAUAUUCCAGUUGAAAAACUUCAAAAUUAUUCUGUGUUGAAAGCAAAAAUAUAUGAAGAUUUAUGGCAUAAAGGAUACUACAUAACGGAUGGAGAAAAAUUUGGAGGAGAUUUUCUUUUAUAUCCUGGUGAUCCUGUGCUGUUUCAUGCCUCACAUAUAGUUUCAGUGGUUUCUUCUUUAAAUGUUCAACAUAGUAUGGCAGAUAUAGUUAUUAAUGGAAGAUUAGCAGUUAGUGUAAAAAAAGUUGCAGUGUACGCAUCACAAGAUAUCGAUGGCACAAUUAAGUAUCAAACAUUAAGUUGGAAAGGAUUAUAAUAC